AUGUCCCUCCCCGUCAAAUGUUGCUGUGUUUACGAAGAGCAGAGCCGAGGUCGCCCAGUCGUACAUUCUUCUCCGUGCCCCGUACACUCUGAGACUUCCAUUUCCUCUGUGGGAUGCCGUUAUUGUUACUCCCCUCUCCGAGAUACAGGAGCUUGCGCCGUCCCCAUCAACCUCUGCAAAGCGGAAUCCGACGAUCGUUCCGUAACUCCCGUUGGUGACGCCUUGGGGUGUCGAUAUGUUGGAAUACAGCAAGACUAUCAUGCCGAGAGUGAAGAACACUACAGACUCGAGACCGUCAUGUACCGACGGCGACGCGUUCCGCAGGCUAUCCUCUUGGUCCGGCGACGGUACCGGGCGAACUCGACGGCUAUGGGGACGGCGGGGCACACCGCCUUCGCGGCCGGUCAGCGUACAGGUCUCAAGGAUCAUGAUGACUUCGACGCCACCGUCAAGCAUACAGCGCAGGUGGUCGAAGGAAUCAUGGGUCCUGGCGCUAGGAUCUACCCUAAGGAGCCCAAGGGACGGAUCUCCUUUACACACAAGUUUGACGACGAGGACAAGAUCGCAAUGCUCAAGGCCCACAAUGCCAAAAAUUCUUACUGGUUCCCGCAUAUCUACGAUGCUCGCCAAGGCCUCGAUAACGCCUUCGCCAUGUCUGACGUGUCGAUCUUGUACGGCAACCCGGAUGUACUGAUCCAAUUCAGCAUCAAGGUUUGGAAGCCGACCGGUACGAGCAAGUCGGUUCCGUUCUGGCAGGGUUACUCCCCUUUGGCGUGA